GCCUGUUGCGGAGCCUACCUAGCAAAUUCCAAGGAGCAAGAAAAUGAAGUGUCUUCUUCCUUCUACAACUUCUCCAAUCCCCACCAUCCAAUUCAAGUGCCCUGACUUCUUCCCUUGGAAUUAACUUUGAGUCCACCCAAAGCGGUGCUGGAUUUGCAGUUGUUGUAUGUACUUCUGGUGGACUUGUGUGGCAUUUGUUGUCUUUGGAAAUUGACAUGUUUGGUUCUGGUAUGAAUUUGAUUACUACUAUUAUUGGGUUUGGAAUGAGUGUCACUUUCAUUGUGUUUGUUUGCACAAGAAUAAUCUGUAGGAGGCUUCAAGGGGCUGAGUCACGACCAAUGUUUGAGAUUGAUACCAGCAUCCAGCCAGAGCAUCGAAUUAAUGGCCUUGAACCAGUUCUGGUUGCUGGGAUCCCCACAAUGAGAUACAACCAUGAGGCAUUCAGUUCCAUAGAAGAUGCACAGUGCUCAAUAUGUUUAGGGGAGUACCAAGAGAAAGAAGUUCUGCGAAUUAUGCCUCACUGCGGCCACAAUUUCCAUGUCUCUUGUAUAGAUACCUGGCUGAGAAAACAAUCAACGUGUCCAGUCUGUCGUUUCCCCCUACAACACUCUUUGGAAACUAAACAUGUGAGGCAAGCAACAUUCAGUAUGUCUCAAUCUGCUGAUAGACCCGAAGCUCCAAUCGAACAUUCUCGCCAAUGGUUGCUUCCUGGUUCUGAGCGCUCACUAGGAAAUAUAAGCCGCGAAGUGCAUCUUGACAUUGUUCCUGGAAACACACAACCUAAUCCAGGAGCGCCAGAAACAAGGGAAUAACCAUGCAAACAGAACAAACAUCUGGAUUUGCAUCCUACUACCGGUUCAUGUAGUUCGAGCCUUCAUGAUUUACUUGAAAGCUACUGAGACAUCGGCAUGAAGAAUCUGAUAUUUUGUGCAUCUCAUCUGUACAUAAAACCGUCUUCUGUCGCUUUCUUAGACUUGGUACUGAUAGAGGGCAGGCUUAUUUGUUGUGACAAACUUUGUAAGAACUUAUCCGACCGGAACACAUCUAUAGAACAUCAUAGUUCAACCUUAGCCCUAAUAGGAAUUCCUAAAUUUACACAUACAGUUUUGUGGUUGAAGCUAUUUGCAAUCCAUAUUACUGAGAAUUUUGGAGCA